AUGGUCAACUCCUGUUGUGGCUCUCUCUGCUCUGAGGAGGGCUGUGGCCAAAGCUGCUGCCAGCCCAGCUGCCUCCAGACCACCUGCUGCAGGACCACCUGCUGCCAGAGCACCUGCUACCGCCCCACCUGUGUCAUCUCCACCUGCCCCCGCCCCAUGUGCUGUGCCACCCCCUGCUGCACACCAAGAUGCUGCCAGCCCAGCUGCCUCCAGACCACCUGCUGCAGGACCACCUGCUGCCGCCCCAGCUGUUGUGUGUCCAGCUGCUGCAGGCCCCAGUGCUGCCAGUCUGUGUGCUGCCAGCCCAGCUGCUGCCGCCCCAGCUGCUGCAGGCCCAGCUGCUGCCGCCCCAGCUGCUGCAGGCCCAGCUGCUGUGUGUCCAGCUGCUGCAGGCCCCAGUGCUGCCAGUCUGUGUGCUGCCAGCCCACCUGCUGCCGCCCCACCUGCUGCAGGCCCAGCUGCUGUCAACCUUCCUGUGGUGGUUCCAGCUGCUGCCGCCCCAGCUGCUGCCAACCCUGCUACCGCCCCAGCUGCUGCCGCCCUUGCUGCCGCCCCAGCUGCUGCCUGCGUCCAGUCUGUGGUCAGGUCUGCUGCCAGAGCACCUGCUACCGCCCCACCUGUGUCAUCUCCACCUGCCCCCGCCCCAUGUGCUGUGCCACCCCCUGCUGCUGA